AUGCCCCCUGCCCACUUUGAGCUGGACGCGCGCCCUGAGCAUCCAGCGCCUUCAGAGCAGCACGGGAGCUUGGCGCUCCAGAGCGACGGGUCCUUCGUGUCGCUGCUGGAGGUGAGCCAGGAUGUGCCAGCUCUAAGCUUCGGGGCGCUGUUUGGCGCCUAUGCUAACCUGGCCAAUACCGUUCUAGGAGCGGGGACCCUGGCCGUGCCAGUGGCGCUGAGCAGCGCAGGCCUGGUGUCCUACGAGUUGAUUGUUUGUUGUGUGGUGGCGCUGAACCUUACCACGGUGCAGUGGCUGGUGGAGGUGGCAGACAGCUUGCCCAAGGACAUGCCGAGAAAUUACGAGGGCAUCGCGCGGCACUACUUGGGGCGGUUUGCUGCACACGUGAUUUCCUGCGUUUUCAUCGUGGGUGGCCUCGCUCUGGGCAUUUCCUACAUGCUUUUCGUCAGCAAAUCCUUGGCGCCGGUAGUGGCGGGACUGAUGUCCUCCUCGGGGACUGCCAGCGAGGAGGAGGAGGCGUUUCUAGCGGAGGUCAUCAUGUGGAGCUUGGGGCUGCUAGUGGUGCUGCCCCUAGGUUUGCUCAGAGACAUCUCCAAGCUGAAGUUCACUUCUGGCAUUGCCAUUGUAACCUUGAUCUACGCGGCCAGCUUCAUCAUCUUCCGCAAUGCUGCCAGUCUUGCUGAAGAGCCCAAGGUCGGGGAGGGCUUUGAGCUGGUGAAGCUGCAGAGCAGCUUCUUUGUGAGUUUGGCCAUGACCACCUCCAACUUCUCCUGCCACAUUUCGGCUAUCCCCAUCUACGAGUCUUUGGGGCCCAACAAGAGCCCCAGGCUGAUGCGCCGGGCGGUGCUUGGGUCCUUGGCCACAGCUGCGCUGCUCUACCAGGCGGUCGGGAUCACCAGCUACUUGCGCUUUGGGGAGCUGGGCUCCGAUCAGGGCAACAUCCUGGAGGUGGUGAUGCAGAGCACGAAUCGCCUCAGCUCCCCCCUGGAGUUUGCCUUUGGCUGCCUAGCCAGUGCCGGCGUGGCCUUUAACCUGGUCUUCUCUAUGCCCGUGGUGAUGUGGGCUCUGCGCUCCGCCUGCCUCAGCUACUCCCGCGCUGCAAGGUCUUUGCUCUGUGCUCGCGCCGCGUCUGAAGCUGACACAGCGGAGCCGUCAGCGGCAGAGUGGUCCGUGGCCACGGGGCUGCUGAUGCUUGCGAUCUUGGUGUUGGCCACCAAGGUGCCGGACAUCCGGGUGGUGAUGUCCAUCGGAGGCUCCGUGGGGGGCACCUUCAUCGCCUUUAUGUACCCUGCACUCUUCCGUUUAUACGUGGUUAAGGCGAAGUCGAGAGUUUGUCAAGCUGCGAACUGGCCGGAGCUGGGCGUUGUGGCUCUGAGCGUGGCGUAUGGAGUGCUGAGCCUCAGCAGCGCCUUAGAAGCGGCCUUCCAGCUCGAAGAGCCCGAGCCGCCUGACGCCACGACCAGCACGACGAGCACACCGCCUGAAGCCGCCAAAGCGCUCCUGCGGCUUUUGGGCUGA